AUGGCUGAUGAAAUCAGAGUGCCAAGUGGGGCUGGAAGGGACAUAGGUGUGGAUGCAGCUGGAAUGAUGAAGUCCCAUCAUCAGGCCAGCAUGAAGUGGGUGCGUGAACUUGUGAACUUUCCAGCAUCCAAGAUACAGAAAGAAGCUUGUAAGAAUGGCACCCCGGCCAAAGGGGACGUCUGUUCUGGGCCAGAAGGAGUGAAAGGGGGACAAAGCCUGGCAAGGGAAGGCCAAGUAAUAAAUGAGCACAAUGCCAGAGCCCCUAGCCCAGGCCUUUUAUUUCCCCUCCAGAUGGUCCAGCAGCUGAACAGCUACGAGGAAUGUCUGCAUGUCCCUCUUGGCUCAGCCGCUUUCGCUGGAUCUAUUCCACAAUGCUGUGAAACACUCGGAAGGAAAAUUGCCACUCAGUACAACAGCUUUACUAGUAAACCAUUAAAAGAACACAUUUUCCCUCCUCUGAUGGACAUGCUAAUUUAUUUUAACUUUUUCAAAGCGCCAUUUCUUGUGGACUUAAAGAAGCCGGAGUUAAAGAUGCCCCACACAGUGAACUUCUAUAUCAAGGUUGAACCCGGGGUGAUUCUGGGAAUCUGGCACACAGUUCCCAGCUGCCGGGGGGAAGAUGCUAAAGGGAAGGACCGUUGCUGGUACGAAGCAGCCCUUCAUGAUGGCAACCCAAUUAUUGUCUAUUUUCAUGGCAGUGCAGAACACAGGGCAGCUCGUCACAGGCUUAAUCUCGUAAAGGUGCUGAGCGAUGGUGGCUUUCACGUCUUGUCUGUUGACUACAGAGGGUUCGGGGACUCUACGGGUAAGCCCACAGAGGAGGGACUGACUGCGGACGCUAUUUGUGUCUAUGAGUGGACCAAGGCAAGAAGUGGCACCACCCCCGUGUGCCUCUGGGGCCAUUCUCUGGGUACAGGAGUUGUAACGAAUGCUGCGAGAGUACUAGAAGAGAAAGGAUCCCCAGUUGAUGCUAUUGUUCUGGAAGCUCCAUUUACCAACAUGUGGACUGCAAGUAUCAAUUAUCCCUUGUUAAAGAUUUACCAGAAACUUCCAGGAUUUUUACAAACACUUAUGGAUGCUUUGAGAAAAGACAAAAUAGUCUUCCCUAAUGAUGAAAAUGUAAAAUUCCUGUCUUCCCCCCUCCUCAUCCUUCACGGCGAGGAUGACAGAACAGUGCCUUUGGCGAAUGGAAAACAGCUCUAUGAAAUUGCACACAAUGCAUACAGGAACAAAGACAGGGUCAAGAUGGUGAUCUUUCCUCCUGGCUUCCAACACAACCUGCUUUGUAGAAGCCCCACACUGUUAAAAACUGUGAGAGAUUUCCUGAGCCAGCAGUGGGCAUGAGGUCUGAGAGCAGCAGAAACCUCCAGCGAAGACUUGGUCCAAACACCACCUGUGAUGUGUAUUGUUUGUGUAAAACUGUACCUAAAGAUCGGAAGAG